AUGCACUCUCUAUCGCUUAUCUCUCUCGCCCUCCUCUCCCCGUUGCUGGUCAACGCCCAACUCUCAGGCCAUGUCGGCCCCGUGACCUCCUCUAGCUCCAAAGCGAGCACCAAGACCUGUAACGUUCAAGACUACGGCGCCAAAGCCGACAAGGAGACCGACAUUGGCUCUGCCAUUGAGAAGGCAUGGGACGACUGUGCCGAGGGUGGAGUAGUCUACAUCCCAUCGGGCGAAUAUGCUAUGUCUUCCAGGCUGAAGCUGUCCGGGGGCAAAGCCUCCGCGAUCCAGCUAGACGGCAUGAUCUACCGCGCUGGCAGUGAUGGCGGCAACCUGUUCAUGAUUGAACAUUCAUCGGACUUUGAAUUCUUCAGCAGUACAUCCCAGGGUGCGAUUCAGGGAUUGGGAUACGAAUUUCACAAGGAUGGAAGUCUAGACGGACCCCGGUUGUUGCGGUUCUAUGAUGUGACAGACUUCUCGGUCCAUGAUGUUGCACUUGUUGACUCUCCAGCUUUCCAUCUGUCUUUGGAUACGUGUAAGAAUGCAGAGCUCUAUAAUAUGGCCAUUCGAGGUGGUGAUUCCGGUGGUUUGGACGGGGUUGAUGUUUGGAGUGAGAAUGUUUGGGUCCAUGAUGUUGAGGUGACGAACAAGGAUGAAUGUGUCACAGUCAAGAGUCCCGCGAAGAACAUCCUGAUCGAGAAUAUCUACUGUAACUGGAGCGGAGGUUGUGCGAUGGGAUCGCUGGGUGUGGACACCAACAUCAGCGACGUGGUGUACCGUAACAUCUACACCUGGAAAUCUAACCAGAUGUACAUGAUUAAGAGUAACGGCGGUAGUGGAAGUGUCUCGAAUGUGGUAUUGGAGAACUUUAUCGGGAUUAAUGGCUGGGAUGUCCUAGGUCAUGGUAAUGCCUACUCCUUGGACAUUGACAGUGAAUGGAGCAGCAUGAGCACUGUAUCAGGAGACGGUGUGCAGCUGAACAAUAUCACCGUGCGCAACUGGAAGGGGACCGAGGAAGACGGUGCGGCAAGAGGGCCGAUUAAGAUCGUGUGUGCUGAAAAGGCACCUUGUACUGAUAUCACUAUUGAUGACUUUGCACUGUGGACGGAAUCGGGCGAUGAACAGGCCUACAGCUGUGCGAAUGGCUUUGGAAGUGGAUUUUGUCUGCAGGAUGGUGAUGGAACGUCUACUUAUAGCACAACUAUCACUGAAACCGCGGCUCCGACGGGAUACGAUGCAAGCAGCAUGUCAAAUGAUUUGAGCACCGCAUUCGGAACGGACGCUUCGAUCCCGAUCCCGACUAUCCCCACGUCGUUUUUCCCUGGUGCCACGCCCUACAGUGCCCUGGCGGGGGCUGCCUCAGGCAGCGGCAGUGCCGCCAAAGCCACAUCAUCCGCCACGGUGUCUCGUUCCCGCCACCGUCGCGGGUCCCAUUAA